UUGGCGGCCGGCGUGAGCGAGCGGGAACGCGGGAGUGGGACUAGCGAAGCAAUGGCCGAGAGCAGAGCGGGAGAUCAGCGGGCACCAACCGACUGAGUUUUUCAAGUGUUGUCCAUGGCGAGUAGAGAGCCAAAGUACAAUCUGGUACGUGAAUUGGGACGUGGCAGCUAUGGUGUAGUCUAUGAAGCAGUGGUAAGAAAGACUGGAGCACGGGUAGCAGUGAAGAAGAUUCGGUGCCAUGCACCUGAGAAUGUGGAACUGGCUUUGCGAGAGUUUUGGGCAUUAAGCAGUAUCAAGAGCCUUCAUCCUAAUGUGAUCCACCUAGAGGAGUGCAUCUUGCAGAAAGAUGGGAUGUUGCAAAAGAUGACACAUGGAUCAUCCUCUUCUCAUUAUUUAAAGCUGGUGGAAACUUCACUGAAAGGGGAACUCAGCUUUGAUUCUAGAAGUUCGUACUAUCUCUGGCUUGUAAUGGAUUUCUGUGAUGGUGGGGACAUGAAUGAGUAUCUGCUGUCGAGAAAGCCCAACCGUCGGACCAACACUAGUUUCAUGCUGCAGCUCAGUAGUGCCUUGGCUUUUCUACACAAAAAUCAAAUUGUGCACAGGGACCUGAAGCCAGAUAACAUAUUGAUUACUGAGACCGGAUCAGAAGCUGGAGGAGGUGGGCCUGUACUAAAAGUGGCAGACUUUGGUCUGAGUAAAGUCUGCUCCGGACUGGGAGCAGAUCAAAAAGAACCAGUUAACGUGAACAGAUGUUGGCUUUCGACAGCUUGUGGGUCAGAUUUUUAUAUGGCACCAGAAGUUUGGGAAGGCCAUUAUACAGCUAAAGCUGACAUCUUUGCACUGGGGGUCAUCAUUUGGGCCAUGUUGGAAAGGAUUACAUUUAUAGAUUCGCAAACUAAGAAAGAACUAUUGGGAAGCUAUGUGCGUCAGGGAGCAGUGAUUGUGCCCCUCGGUGAGGCACUGUUGGAAAACCCCAAGAUGGAACUUAAUAUUCCUGUUAAGAAAAAGUCCAUGAAUGCAGGAAUGAGACAACUGAUUAAAGAAAUGCUUGCAGCAAAUCCACAGGACAGACCUGAUGCUUUUGAAUUAGAACUGAGGAUAUGUAAAAUCACAUGCAGAGAGUGCAGCCGGACUGCGUAAGUUGAGUAUACAUGUGAAAAUAAGAAGUGGUAUACAGGGCUGGCUCUGACCAAUUUUGAGACUUGCCAAAGGUUUGACAUUGUAGGCAAGCAACUUUUUUUUUUCUCUGCCACCCUAGACGCCCAAAGUGUAAAUUCAAAAUUUAACGAGCUCAAUUUAACCUGCACUUCUAAGGUGUUGCUAUUCCUACACCUUGACUCAAAACUGACACCACUACUGUUACAUAACCAAAUCCCAAUUGAUGAAUCUUGAACGUUCUGACCCAUAGCUUGCAAAUCCCUUGUUGAAUAUAUCACUAGUUGAAAUAUUUUGUUUGGUGCUGAAGGACAUAAUCUAUUGUAUGGCUCUGGAAUGCCAUUUGUUGGAUUUUAUGAAAUUUAAUUAAUCACUAAUUAUUCAUGAGUUGUUUCAUAUGUUCAGACUCUCCUCUUCCUCCCUCCAUGCUCACCCCAACCUCAUAAGACCUCUUGAUCUAAGCUGUUAUGAUAAUCUAGUGGUGCUCUUAAAUGAUUUUAUGGUGGUCUGGCCCCUUUUUAAGGUCCUUUCAGAGAAAUCUUAGACCACCACAACUUAAUUCUUAUUGGAAAUGACAACCAAUUAACGUUUUAGAAUUUAUUGGCAUUAAUACAACUUUCUAUGUUGUUAAUGCCUUUACGGUGAGAAGGCUGGUGCUAAGUUAACUGACCCUGAUUGAGAAAUCCACCAAAUGUUGAUGGUGUAUUGAGCUGUGUUCCAACACUGUCUUAGUUGAGACAAAUGUAAUUUUGAAAUUGAUGUUAUUUAACAGUAAAAUGUCAACAUACAUGCUUUCAAGGUGGUGCCUGAACUUCGUGACUGCUGACUUUUUAAUAUAUAUUCUUAAGAAAUAUAUUUCUCCUCUUCCUCUACCCCAAAUCUUUAUUUUUACAAAUUGGUUUAAAAAGUGUUAAAUGCUGUCUGUCUCCAUGUUGAAAUUGAUCUUCUAAUCUGUGGAAUAUGGGCCAGUAAUACCCCAGUAGUAAUACCCUGUCCGUUUGGGCAUAUUUAAAUGUCUGCUCUGUUAUUUUUUAUUCUCUAAAGAAGGACGUUUCACCAGUUUGAACAUGGAAAAGAUGACCAUACUUCUGAGUUAAAUGUAAAGAGGCCAUUUAAAAGUAGAAUUAGGACUUUCAUUAUAUUGGCUAUAAUUUAAAUCUGAGGUUAUCUUUACUUUUUGAUAUAUUACGUUAUUUGG